GGAGGUGGAGGCGGAGGCGGGGGUCUCUCUCUCUCUCUCUCUCGGUUCAGCCAUUUAAAUAUCAACCCGUGAAACUGGUCAGGGGUUCUGACUCCAAGACGCCCGCUUGGAUCGGAUAAUUUCUCUGCUUUUUCAAGAGGAGCGUCGCACCGGGAUGUCGAGCCUGCUGGAGAACCCUCUCCAGGCGGUGCUCUAUCUGAAGGAGCUCACCGCCAUCGUGCAGAACCAGCAGAGUCUGAUUCAAACCCAACGAUACCGGAUAGACAUACUCGAGCGCCGGCUGGAGGAUCUAGCGGUUGCCAAUGGGCAGCUCCGGGACUCCAGCAGCCAUCACCGGCACCCUCCCCGCUAUCAUCCGCCUCUGCCCCCCCGGACCUCCAGCCUGCCCCGAACCAACAGAUCCGGGACGCCUCCGGUUCAAACCCAGCAGCAACAGCAUUCCUCCCUGGACAUGCAGCUAGUGCCUGUGGGACCCAGCAAUGCCAGUCCAGACUCUGCUGAUGAAGAUGAUCAUGACGCUCAGGACCCCUGCUGUCGGUCCCUGGUCCCACAGACACCUGCCACCUUGUGCCGAGCUGCGAGACUCCCACGGGCAUCUGAGAGCCAGACCAUCCUGCACCAGUUCUGCUGUCCCGCACCAGAGGCCCCAGAGGGAGACUCCCUAACCUGCUCCAGCCACUGCUCACUUGUGUCAUUUGAAACCACAGCUCGAUUCCAUGACGCGCCACCCUGCUCACAUCCUCCAGAAUAUGAGCUCUCUCCUGAUCUCAAACAAAAACAGAUAGAAGAACUGGAGCAAAAGUAUGGAGGUCCUCUGAUUUCCCGGCGUGCGGCCUGUAAGAUCCAGACGGCGUUUCGUCAGUACCAGCUCAGUAAGAACUUCCAGAAGAUCCGUAACUCGGUUCUGGAGAGUGGGAUCCCACGGCGCAUGUCAGUGCGCAGGGUCCGGGUACAGAGGGAUGGUUUCUCCGCUGAACGGGCGCUGAUGGAGGGAUGUUCACUCAUGGGCAUCCCGCUCACACACUCCACCUCACUGCCGGUGGCUACAACAACCACACUCACACACCUGGAGGACACAUUCACUGAGCAGGUUCAGUCAUUAGCACGGUCUAUUGAUGAGGCUUUGAACAGCUGGAAUUCUGUUCGAGAUGGGGAAGGAGUGUCCACUGUGGCCCCUCCCUCUGGAUCCCAUCCCGAGGGGCUCCUGAUGGACCCCACUGCCCUACAGGAUACCACACAGAGCAGCUGUGGGGAGAGCAUGCCCCGCAGCGCCAGUAAACUCAUGAUGGCUUUCAGGGACGUGACUGUCCAAAUUGACAACCACAACUUUCGCCUCUCCUCCUCAAUGCUGGAGUCAGUUUCCCUUGGUAACGGCGUAUCCAAGGAGACCAGCUUGAAACCCAAAACGGGGGGACAGAAUGCAGGCCAGUCGGCAUCGUCGGCCACGGCAGAGCCUGAGUUCCCAGCUCUGCCACCCAGCGAGGAAGAGAAAGAGAACCAACAGCCAACUGGAACGGAUGAACCGUCAGGGGUGGGACUGGAGGGGAAAAAGACCAACCAGACUGGACCAGAGAUGGCGGAAAACAGCUCAGAGCCCGUCAGUAGCAGCAGCACCUCAACAUCAGCGUGUGAGACGAUGAUUCUGUCUCUGCCCCGCCCACAUUGCCAGGACACACCCUGUGGCACGCUCUCGACGGAUAUUGCACGCAAACGCCUUUACCGCAUUGGACUCAACCUCUUCAAUGUAAAUCCAGACAAAGGCAUCCAGUUCCUGAUCUCCAGGGGCUUUAUUCCGGACACAGCCAUUGGUGUGGCUCACUUCCUGUUGCAGAGGAAGGGUUUGAGUCGACAGAUGAUAGGAGAGUUCCUGGGUAACAGCAAGAGGCAGUUCAACAGAGAUGUGUUAGACUGUGUGGUGGAUGAGAUGGAUUUCUCCAUGCUGGAGCUGGAUGAAGCUUUGAGGAAGUUUCAGGCUCAUGUGCGAGUGCAAGGAGAAGCUCAAAAAGUCGAGAGACUCAUUGAAGCAUUCAGUCAGAGGUAUUGUAUGUGUAACCCUGACGUGGUGCAGCAGUUUCAUAACCCAGACACCAUCUUCAUCCUGGCCUUCGCCAUCGUGCUGCUGAACACAGACAUGUACAGUCCCAACAUCAAACUAGAGCGCAAGAUGCAUCUGGAAGACUUCAUACGUAAUCUACGAGGAGUGGAUGAUGGGGCAGAUAUUCCACGGGAGAUGCUAGCCGGGAUUUAUGAGCGGAUUCAGCAGAGGGAGCUGCGCUCCAACGAGGAUCAUGUGACUUAUGUUACCAGGGUGGAGCAAAGCAUUCUGGGAAUGAAGACGAUACUGUCGGUUCCUCACCGUAGGCUGGUGUGCUGCAGUCGACUCUUUGAGGUCACCGAUGUGAAUAAACCACAGAAACAGGCCUCGCAUCAGAGGGAGGUGUUCCUCUUCAAUGACCUGAUAGUGAUCCUAAAACUAUGCCCUAAGAAGAAGAGUGCUGCCACAUACACGUUCUGCAAGGCCAUGGGCUUACUGGGAAUGCAGUUUCAUCUGUUUGAGAAUGAGUAUUACCCUCAUGGAAUCAUGAUAUUGUCUCCGUUCUCGUCAGAGAAGAAGCAGGUGGUGAGUUUCUGUUCUCAGAGCGCCGAGGAGCUGCUCACGUUUGUAGAGGACCUGAGAGAGAGCAUCACAGAGGUGGCAGAGAUGGAACAAAUACGGAUUGAGUGGGAACUAGAAAGACAACAGGUUGUGAGAAAUCAAACUAACAAGAACGACACACAACUAGACAUCCACGCUGGACUUAGUUCUGCUUCAGGGGAUGAUAUUUAUGAGAAAACGGGAAGCAAUGCGGUAGAGGUGUCAAUUCACAACAGGCUCCAAACGUACCAACUCAGCUCUACUCUGGCCCCACCCAGCGCUCAGCAACACCUGGCCGUCCUGCCUAGCCCCGCCCCUGGCUCCACCCUCACCAUCUCCCCCGACACCCUGAUCCAGUGCCAGCAGAUCGUGAAGGUGAUCGUCGUGGACUCUGCUGGGCGUGGCCAUGUGGAGGCGUUCCUCAGGCACAACCCCGCCCAUCGCCUCAUCCAAUCGUCUGUCUCCACGCCCACCAGGUCACGGGAGGGAGGCAAGCAGCAGCAGCAGCAGCAGCAGCCGCCCCUCCCUCCCCCGCCGCCUCCUUAUCAUCACCCGCAUCAGUUUUGCCCCCCGACCCCUCCACCACCACGCCACCUACUGAGCCAACGCAGGUACUCCAGUGGGACGCGCAGCCUAGUCUGAACAACACACACUCAGACGAGUUUACACCUGUUAAAGGGAUGGUUAACCUAGAACACUCUCUCUUUAUUUAACCACUCUCAUGUCGUUCCAAACUC